UCGGUCUUUUUGCUCCUCUCUCUGUCUUUUUACCCUCUCUCUGUGUAUCUAUCUAUCUAAUCUUUAUGUAUCUUGUCCUCUGUGGUGGAUCUUGGUUCUCAUUUUUUCUAUCAUGUAAACAGCGUUAUCUUUUUCUUGGUGCAGACGACCGGACCUGGGGUUGUAAAAGAGGAGCUUUGGGAUUCCAAAAAAUUUGGUUUGGCCCGAAAUCGAGUCCACUUCAAGAAGUGUCAACCAAGGCUAAUACAAAAUUAGCUGUUAUGGGCUCUGAGUCUAAUGCCUCAUUGAUGGAGGAGCUUCGCAAGGCAUUCUCUGAACUGGAAUUCCACAGAAACACUACUACAAACUCUUCAGUGGACUGGAAAGAUCUGGAACAACAUUUCUCCAGCCUAGAGAGUGCUUUAAAGAAGAAAUAUGAGGAGUUAGAAGAGAAAGAGAAGCUGUACGAGGCCAGGGCAUCUGAGAAUUGUGAAAUUCUAGCCAAACGAGAAGCAGAAGUUACUGCUAAAGAGGAGGUAUUUUGGGAGCGUGUUCAGGAGAAGAGAAAUGCUGCUGUUGCUGCCAUCGAGGAGGCACGUGAAAAGGUCAAAGCAUUAUUUGAAGGGCCAGAAGAAGCCAUGGAUGAACAAGAAAGCAAGGUAAAGAACUCUAAAAAUGUUCAGUCAAAUGCACCCAUCUGUAUCAAUGAGAACACCUCUGGUAAAUCUGGUGCUCCUGCCAAUACUGUGGCUUCUGAGAUAAAGCCACGUCCCGAACUGAAGCAAUUUUGCGAACAAAUGGAUGCAAAAGGGCUUCUGAAAUUUAUAGCAGAGAACCGCAAAGUUCUUGCUCAAAUACGUGAGGAAUUGCCUGUUGCAAUUAAAGAUGCAUUUGAUCCAGCCCAAUUGGUGCUGGAUUCUUUGGAGGGCUUUUACCCCCAAGAUCAAACUGCCCAACCAGGGGACAAAAAGGAUGCAGCCCUUCAGGGCCAGCGUCGAGCUUGUAUUCUUUUGAUGCAAUCUGUGGCCCCUGUUUUUGGUGGCAAUGAAUCGAGUGGUGAUCUCCCAGUGAUCACCUCUGAACACAAGAAGAAAGCCAUGGCUGUUGCUGAUGAAUGGAGGCCUAAACUGACCAAUUUUGACGCUGAUGCUGACAAUGGAAACUCAUUGGAAGCACAGGCGUUUCUUCAGCUUCUUAGUACAUUUAGUAUUGCCACAGAGUUUGAUGGAGAUGAGCUCUGCAAGCUCGUGCUUGCUGUCUCUCGCCGCAGGCACACACCUGAACUCUGCCGUUCCCUUGGACUCGCAUACAAAAUGCCAGGUCUAAUUGAAUCAUUAAUAAUCAGUAAGAAGCAGAUUGAGGCAGUCAAUUUUGCGCAAGCCUUCAAUCUCACUGAACGAUUCCCUCCUGUACCAUUGCUAAAAUCAUACUUGAAGGAUGCUAAGAAAGAUCCCCAGGGGAAUAAUGGGAAUGCUAGCGCAGCUUCUUCUCAGAAAGAUGCGAAUUCGAGGGAGCUUGUUGCGUUGAGAGCUGUCAUCAGGUGUAUCGAAGAGCACAAGCUUGAGGAACAGUAUCCUCUCGAACAACUUCAAAAGCGGGUUAACAACCUGGAGAAGGCUAAAGCCCAAAAGAAAAGGACUGGAGAAUCCUCAAAGCCCCAACCAAAGAGGGCUAAAGCAAUUGGUAGUGUCCGUCAACCAUCUCAUGUGGCUGUGGAGAGGCAGCCCACUGCUUUGGAUGAUAGGGGGCUUUACAGGGGAGGGGCAGACCCAUACUCCUAUCCUUCCAAUGCAGACCCAUACUCUUAUCCUUCCAAUGCAGCCACCUACAAUUACUCAUCCAUGCAUAGCGGUUAUGAGAGACCUACUCAAGUACUCUAUACACAACCGAGCCUUCAACAAGCCUACAUCAACCCAGAUGGAACCGGUUCUGCUGCUUCAUACAAUCCUCCAUCUAACUACGGUGUCUACUAUGCUACUGCACCACAAUCUUCAUACCACCCAUCUUCUUAUAUGUAGAACGAGUCUGCAAUUUUAUGCAUUCUGGUGUUUCAUAUUUUGAUGGCAGAAGUAGUUACUAUAGAAUUGACUGUAGUCUGAUACCUUUAGAAGUUAUGAGAUAUCCUUCUGAGAAUGUGCCUCUAGGAAUUUGUAAUAUGCCAAUGAAGAGUUUUCUUCUUUCUUCAGCUGU